GUGAAAGUGCCCUCGAUGCUUGCUGUUUGUUGUACUCGUGUAUGCAGUGCACGGCAAAUGCAGAGAAUCACUGUUUUCCCCAAUGAUGUUCAGCUGCAUCGUGAGCUCUCAAGACUGACGUCAUAAGAUUGGCACGCACGGGUGACGCCACAUCGUGAAGACCUCGAGCUUUCCAGCUUCACUCUGCCGACUCCACCGCUUCAAUCCUCCACCAUGUCCACAACAUUCAGUUGCCUAUGUCCGGCCGUGCUCGGCUGCAAGCAAUCGGCCAACACAUCAUGACUUCUCCUCGUCCAGCACCAAGCACCGUCGCAGGCCAUCUCGCCGGCAGCAGUCAGUCCUGGCACGGCAACGUCUCCCCCGAUGGCCCUUUCCAGCCAGAGACAGGCCGCUAUCGACUCUAUAUUGGUCUCUUUUGCCCUUUCGCACAUCGGGCAAACAUAGCCCGCCAUCUCAAGGGCCUUCAGCACAUCAUUCCUGUCACCGUCGUCAAACCAUACCCCAAGGGCGAUCAGAAAGGUUGGCCCGGUUGGCAGUUCCCCUCCUCACCGUCUGAAUACCAUGGGGCAGACCCGGAACCCCUAUUUGGGGCAAAGUAUCUGCACGAGCUUUACUUCAAGGCCGACCCAGAGUACAAGGGCCGGUACUCGGUGCCCCUCCUGUGGGACACAGAGACCAACACCAUUGUCAAUAACGAGUCCACCGAGCUCCUCCGUGAUUUGCAGACUGGCUUCAAUUCCAUCCUGCCUGAACAAUAUGCCAGAGUAACGCUGUACCCGGAGCAUCUGCGUGACCAGAUUGACAAUAUUUCCGUCUGGAUGCAGCGUGACCUCAACACCGGCGUCUAUAAGGCCGGCUUCGCCACCACCCAGGAGGAUUACGACAAGAAUGUCCCAGCAGUCUUCGCCGCGCUGAACAAGCUCGAGAAGAUCAUCGCACAGCUUGGUGGCCCAUACAUCCUUGGAGACGACCUCACUGAGUUGGAUGUGAGGGCUUACGCCACAGUCGUCAGGUUCGACACCGUUUACGUCCAACACUUCAAGUGCAACUUGGGCACUAUCCGGCAUGAUUACCCUCAGAUCAACAAUUGGCUAAAGAACCUGUACUGGAACAUCCCGGCCUUCAGGGACACCACCGAUUUCAAGCACAUCAAGGAUAAUUAUACCAAGAGCCACGGCGACAUCAACCCUCGAGCAAUCACGCCUCUGGGGCCCUGGCCUGAGGUCGAGGAGGGCUACGAGAGUGACCUGAGCAAGGUGCCGACUGGGGGCGUCAAGAUGCCUCUCGUGCUCGAACUUGAGAAGAAGCUUUGACCCAAGACAGCAAGGCCAAUGGGUGAUCGAAAUAGCCUCCGGUUCCUUACCGAUACUAGCUACAAGUACGCAGCCAUGCGGGCUGGGGUGCAAGCCACGCCGAUUGCUACCGGUCUGCAAGCCGGGUCUGGGCCUAAUGAGCAUGAUCCACAGCUAUGUUGUUGAAUCGAUGGCCAGUCAGCCAGUCUGGACAUUUAGUAGCCUGCAUCUUAAAAUCUCGCGCCAGUGCCGAGGACCCACCCCCUUGGGAUGGUUUGCCGCUGUAGGCACCAGCUUAAACUCGUCGGCGAUUGGUGGCCAGCUCAGCCGUCCGUCCCGUUGUGGUGGUGCGCCACGGGAGUCAAGCAUUUAAAUCCUCAAGGGCCCAUUUUGGCUGGAGCCUACCGUCCUGCAAGGACCAGCACGCCAGGCACGCCAACUAGCUUGCCCCAACUCGGCGAACGGCCCUGCUGCGGCUCCACGAGACAAGGGCUUCUCCCCCAUGCCUUGGCUUCCCGUCACCCGCAUUGGAAGCUAGAUUGAACUCCUUUUUGCCCUGGCAGCCCUGCAAGACACCGAGAUUUGAUUUCAGAAGGAUUCUGGUCCAAGGCGCUGGGAUUUCAAACGCGGCCACAAGCGCACGUUGACCCCCGUCUAGCCCAUCUAUUUUUAAAGCAUAAGAAUCAAUUGACUUCAUCUCCGUGGGGUUACCCCAAGGGCAGUCCCUGCCGCGGAGAGUGUGCACACAGCAAGGCAAGGGAUGAGAUGAAGAUGUGAAUGGCGACUGCUUCUCCCCCCAAGCUCGUGCGCAUGUCAUUGGCCGGCCCUUCGUGUAAUCCUCGCCCCUUUGUUCAUGUGGCUUUACUUCACCAGCAACUCAAGCCCCGGGACGCUGGCCUCGACAAUCAGCUCCCUCAAUGUGUGGUACAAUGGCCGGCCGGCCAUCUAGGGACCGGACGAACUGGGCAGUGCUCCCAAUGUGCUAAUUUUCGGGUAUCGGUAGUGGCGUUGCAUUGCAUCCACGCAUCUCAGUAAUCACCUACCUAGCUAGGCCGAC